GUUCUCUUUUCUCAUAUAAAUCAGAUCCAGCCAUUUUUUCGGAACGACUCAAGCCCGACUACCACUUGAUCUUAGAAGAUGGACGUUGGCAAAAGAAAAAAGUAUCUGACAUAAACAAUGUGAAUUUUCCUCAAAAAUAAAUAAGAAAAUGAUAAUCAGAAUUUCAUAAUAUAAGCACUCUUACUUAAGUUUUGAGUUUCAAUUUGUCAAAUAUAAUACAUACUAUCAAAUUCUCUAUGUUUGGUUGGAUAAGUUACUAACUGUAUACUUGCUUAUUGUGCAAACACGUAUCUUGAAUUUUGUUUUUCUUCUGGAUUUUCUUAUUGCUUGCGUUGUCAAUAUGUAUUAUAUAACGUGAUAUACCAUGGACAAAUUGAAUAGCGAUGCUGGAGUUAAAUUACUAUACUCCUAAAGUUAAUAUUUUAAUUAAAUGGGGGCAUGCACCUUUGCAUGCCGUAUACAUAUUGUAGCAUACAAACAUAUGUCAAGAAUAUUUCUUUACAACUUCUACAUUGUUGGGACUUAAUUAGGGUAGAACUUGUUUUUAUUUUCCCCAUCUUUGCAUUUGUUAUUUAACAAUAGCAUGUUGCAUUAAGGAAAAAGCUAUUACGAUAACAACAUUUUAAUUGGUUAGGUUAAUGUCACUAUAACAACAUUUUUGGUUAUGUUAAAACCUUGUAAAUGAAGUUUGGAACAUGUAUUGCUCACAAGUUAAAUAAACGAAGCCAAAAAUUUCAGAAUACAUCUUUCAUUAAAAACAAGAAUACCAGUUUUUGGGAGGAAUCUUAAUGAGCCGUCAAGGUAGCUGAGACUCAUGAAAAACCUUGGACAACUUAAGUUUGCUACAAAUGUUAUAUCAUUUUCUUCUUCUUGUAGAGUCUAUUCAUGCAACUGAUCCAUAAAAACAUUAGCAUGGCGUUCCAAUUGGAUCCACAACGGAGAACGAUGAGAUCAUAUAUAUAGUCUCAUUAUUUUUUUAUUUGUACUAAUCUUAUAAAACCAUUGGAUAGAUGAAUCUAGAGUAGGUACUCAAAGAAUAAGAAAAUAUAAGCCAGAGAUUUGGACGAUCAUGAUGAAUCACUUCAUAUAAAAAGUUACAUCAUACGUUACUGCUUCUAAAUUGUCUGAUCUUGGGAGAACUUAAUACUUCAACUUUGUGUACAUAAUGAAAACGUUCUAAGCUUCUUUGUUUUGGUAAGGAAAUACGGUUUAAGAAUUAAAAAAAAGAGGCUCAAGGGUAGAAACUAGAAGUAAAAGAAGAUGGUGCAAAGGCAUGCACUCUAGAUGAAAAUACGAUAUAUAUAAAAUCAUAAAAGACCUCACGCAGUGAAUGUAAAUGUAAAUGUAUCCAACUUCACAAACGUGACGUAUCUUCGCGUAUGCAUACCUUUCUCUACUUUGUACUUAUACAUAUUGAUUGUAAUAACAAAGAGAGAGGAAGUUAGUAAGAGACAAAAGAAUGUCACGAGACAGUGACAUAGUGCAUUUAUGAACCCUGGAAAAGAAACUCUUAACCCUAACUCUCUCUCCUUGUUGCGGCUGUAUAAAUACCACAUUGUUAUGAAGCAUGUGUCAGCAAACGUGGAAAGCGAUCGUCUUCUUCUUUAUAGAUAAGAACCGUAGAACAUAUAAUUGAAUAUUAAUCAAAGAUCAUGUCUCACAUCGCUGUUGAGAGGAAUCGAAGAAGGCAAAUGAAUGAGCAUCUUAAAUCCCUUCGUUCUUUGACACCUUGUUUCUACAUCAAAAGGGGAGAUCAAGCUUCAAUAAUCGGAGGAGUUAUCGAGUUCAUCAAAGAGAUGCAGCAAUUAGUGCAAGUUCUCGAGUCCAAGAAACGUCGCAAGACACUAAACCGGCCUUCUUCUCCUUAUGAUCACCAAACAGUCGAGCCAUCCAUCUUAGCUGCCACCCCUAACGCAACCACCAGAAUGCCGUUUAGUCAAAUCGAGAAUGUAAUGACAACAAGCACUUUCAAGGAAGUUGGAGCAUGUUCCAACUCCCAUCAUGCAAACGUUGAAGCCAAGAUCUCAGGCUCUAACGUUGUAUUGAGAGUUGUCUCUUGGAGAAAUGAGGGCCAGCUGGUGAAGAUCAUAUCCGUCUUGGAGAAACUCUCUUUUCAGGUUCUUCACCUCAACAUUAGCUGCAUGGAGGAGUCUGUCUUGUACUUCUUCGUUGUCAAGAUAGGACUGGAGUGUCACUUAAGCUUGGAGGAGCUAACCCUUGAAGUUCAGAAAAGCUUUGUGCCUGAAGCCAUCGUCUAAAUCUAGCAACUAAAACCAAUAUACUAAUGUGCUUCGUUUACAUGAGCAUACUUAAUACUUUGCUAGAAAUAAGCUCCUAUACCCUUAUCACACUUAUAUGUUUUUGUUGUGUCCCAACUUAAUCGAAGUUUUAAUUUCCAUAAAUAAAUCAUCACAAAUUAUGCUCUAACCAGUUUUAUGCUUCCACAUCAUGUAACGGAGUCUAAUCGUUAAAUUGAAAAAUGAUUUUUUAUUAAAGUAUUUUUAAUUUCUUGUUUUUUUUAAACGAUAUACGCUAAUAUAGAAGUAACUCUGAACUUAUACAUUAUGGUGUUUAAAUUUUUUUUACUAGUACGCCGAAUCUUAUAUAUGUUUCUAAUUUUGUCGGGUAAACAAAAAGAUAACAAACUUACGCAAAUUAUGAAUCGUAUGGACUUAAAAAAACAAACAAACAGAAUGUGUGAAGAAUUAUCUGUAAUUCAACAGGAUAUCUUCUGCAUAUGGCUGAGCGUGUGCUAUGCACGCAUCCUUAUUGCAAGCCUCGUCGAUAAUUUUCCAGCUGAACUCCAUGUCUUCUUGGAUUCUCGUAGUCAGGCUACUAGUUUUGGAUUAAUUCUACGACAUUCCCUGAGAUUGUCAAACUUUUUCUUGCUAAGAGGGAUUGUCAAAACUUUGCCUUGAUCUCUUUUUAAUUCCAUUCAUCGUUUAGCCAACUCUUUGGAAGGUGAACUUCUUAUGCCUCUUCCUUACUCUGUUCCUCGUAUACUUGAGAUACAAUAUGAAUUCCAUGACACAAAAAAAAAGGAAUCGUGGGUAAGAAGAAAAACAUUCACAAUAGCAUGAUAACAUGUUAAAUAUUAGUAGAAACUAAAUAUAGGGAUCUCUUUCUUUCGUGUACAUGCACGUGAACCCCUUUAAUAUCUAAAUAAAUUCGGAGCAAACAAACGAUGUUAAAAUUUCCUUGUCUUAAUAUUCUAAAUAGAUUAGUACUGUAGUUGAUCUAUGGAAAAAUAUUGUAUAUGAUGGUUAUCUCUUUCUCAUUCAACACAAUUCGAUUUGUAUCCAAAUUAGACAUCCUUAUCUAGGAUUUUGCUUUUUAAGAUGACUAGAGAGUAUUUGUAAAAAUAAGAUCAGUGACGAAAUAAUAGUUCUUAAAUUAUAAAACAAUAAGGAAAAAGCAAAUGAGAGGGCAUAAUUAAGUUAUUUUAUAUAUAAAGGGAUUUUACUUAGCUAGGAGCUAGGCAUUACUAAUAUAAUACAUAGUAUUAGAUCUUGAUCCGUGCCUCCGCACGGGUAUUUGUUUUUAAUUUUUAUAAAUAUUUAAAAAUUAAAUACAUAUAUUAUUGUACUAAUUAAAUUAUAAGAUGAUAAUUAGUUAAAUAUAACUGAGUCAGUUUUAUUAUUCUGAAAAUUUUAAAUGAUUUUGAUUAGUUUAAUUUUUAAUAAACCAAUAAAUUAAUCUUAUCAUUUAAUCUAUUUUAUAGUUUUUUAUGGAUUGUAAAAUUGAUUUUUUGAUUUUGAUUUUUUAAAUAAAUGAAUGAUUGGAUAUCUUCUAAAUUUAUUAGAUAGUUAAAUAUUAGACAAUUUCAUAAUAAUUUUUAUAGAAAUUGCUAUUUAUAAGGUCAGUGGCAUUGAAUGGUAAUUAUUGAGAAAAAUUUAGGGUUAAAAUUUAUUUGUACUUCAGUUUUAAUAGUUUAGAGGUAAUAAUUGACGCUAAACAUAGUAGAUAUACAUUAGUGGACGCAUUACUGAGUCAAUCAUACACAUUACAAAGUCUUUUGGAUCAUAUAAUAAUACGUUUAAUACAAUAGUAAGAUACAUAAUAAUUGACGCAUGAACAUAUAAUGUAUUAUAAUAAUUGUACACGAUCAUUAUCCCAAAAUGUGCCACGGUUUGAGUUGCUAAACAUAUACUACUAUUAUUUAUAUGCUUUACAUCAAU